CCUCCGGGCCCGGCCGGUCCCUCCGCGCGCCGCGCUCCCCGGAAUCGACCCUUCUCCCGCCAUUUGCCACCGGGCUCUCGCCGAGCCCGCCCUCCCAGAACUCAGAGGCCUGCGGUCGCCGGGACCGAACGGGCGGCAUGGCGGCAGGCAUGGACUGCGGAGAAGGGGCUAGCGCCCGGCAGCACGUGUUCCUAGUCCCAGAUACUGCAUGUUUUUACAAAUUGACAGAUUGUGGCAACUCUGCAUUGGAGUAUUUAAAAGAGGCUUCAAAGAAGAUGAAAAGUGGGCUUAUGUUUGUAAAACUGGUUAACCCACGUUCAGGGGAAGGAACCAGUUACUUGUUCAAUAUGUGUCUACCGCAGCUGUUUGAAAUAAAAGUUUUCAAGGAAAAAAACCAUUCUUGGUUUAUAAAUGAAUCAGUUCAAUCAGGAGGUCUUCUUCACUUUGCCACACCCAUGGACCCUCUGUUUCUGCUUCUCCACUACCUUAUAAAGGCUGAUAGAGAGGGUAAGUUUCAGCCCCUGGAUCAAGUUGUGAUGGAUGACAUGUUUCCGAAUUGCAUCUUGUUGCUGAAACUUCCUGAACUUGAGAAGUUACUUCGACAUGUGACAGAGGAGAAAGAAAUAGACAAGAAGAAAUAUUACAAGUACAGCAAAGAGAAGACAUUAAAAUGGCUGGAAAAAAAGGUUAAUCAGACUAUGGCAGCGUUAAAAACCAAUAAUGUAAAUGUCGGUGCCCGGGUACAGUCUACUGCAUUUUUCUCUGGUGACCCGCUUUCCAGUGACAAGGAAGAGGAUUAUAUUCGUUAUGCGCAUGGUCUGAUAUCUGAUUACAUCCCUAAAGAAUUAAGUGAUGACUUAUCUAAAUAUUUAAAGCUUCCAGAACCUCCAGCUUCAGUGCCAAACCCUCCAUCAAAGGUGGCAGCACGAAGACAGAAAAGGGACAAGUGACAACAAAUGCACGCAAGACUUGGCUGCUUCUCAGGUGAUUUAAGACACUCCCAAAGGGCUAAAACUUUUUCUUCUGCACUUCCUAGAAAAUCACCGAAUGCCAAAAGAUGUAUUUUGAAGGACUAACCAGGAAUGUUUUAUUUCUGUGAUCCAUACCGCUAGUCCCUUCAGGCAGCAGCAACUCCCUCUGGAGGCGACUGGCAUGGAACUAGAAAGCACCCCUAGUGUGAUUCUGCCCUGAGGAAUUCAAGCCAUAUCACCCCUCUGCCCCAGCCUACCCACCAUAAAGGUAUGGGUUUUUAACAGUCUAGUGCUUCAGAUUUCAAAACAUUGGGAGGAGAAGGCUCGUUGUGAAAAUCGGGUCAUGUCUUAAGCUGGACCCUGUUGGCCUGCUGUUUUCCUGGGGUUAGGACAGCACUUUUAGGUUUGCACGUGGUGACUAUAAGUAAUAGAUUCCACACCAGAAGCUUUGACAGACCGAGUUUCUACCCUUAUUAAAAAAAAAAGAAAAACGGGGAGUUCCCGGGAGGUCCAGGGGGAGGACUCAGCACGUUCACUGCCAUGGCAGGGGUUCAAUCCCUGGUCAGGGAAACAGGAUCCGCAAGCUGUGUGGUGCACCCCGCCCCCAAAAAAGAAAAAAGAAAGCCUGACCUUUCUUUACUCCUUAUCAGUUUGGCAGCUUCUAGUUCAUAACAAUACCCGAACAUGUGCAUUUUAUGGUC